GGGAAGAGAGGAGCUAAAACUGAGAGGAUUUUAAGACUCUACAUUAAACUGAACGCGCUGGAUUAAAUCUCACUUCAUUAACGGAGUGUUUUUUUUAUUACUGACCGCCCUUUGUGGCCCACUUUUCUAGUCCUCAAUGCCGGAAAUGGCUCAGCGGAACGCUCAGGAGGACCCAGAGCGGUACCUCUUUGUGGACCGGGCUGUGGUUUAUAACCCGGCCACACAGGCAGAUUGGACAGCCAAAAAGCUGGUAUGGAUUCCAUCUGAACGACAUGGUUUUGAGGCGGCCAGCAUACGUGAGGAACGGGGCGAGGAAGUGGUGGUGGAGCUAGCAGAGAAUGGAAAGAAAGCUAUGGUAAACAAGGACGACAUCCAGAAGAUGAACCCUCCAAAAUUCAGCAAGGUGGAGGACAUGGCUGAGCUGACCUGCCUAAACGAGGCGUCGGUUCUGCACAACCUGAAGGAUAGAUACUACUCUGGCCUCAUCUACACAUAUUCCGGUCUCUUUUGUGUGGUGAUAAACCCAUAUAAAAAUCUCCCGAUUUACUCUGAGAACAUCAUUGAGAUGUACAGAGGCAAAAAGAGGCACGAAAUGCCACCGCACAUCUACGCCAUCUCUGAAUCAGCCUACAGAUGCAUGCUGCAAGAUCGUGAGGACCAAUCCAUUCUGUGCACAGGUGAAUCUGGAGCAGGAAAAACAGAAAACACUAAAAAGGUCAUUCAGUACCUGGCACAUGUCGCUUCCUCUCACAAAGGAAGGAAAGAUCACAACAUUCCACCAGAGUCUCCUAAAGCUGUCAAACUACAGGGCGAGUUGGAGAGGCAGUUGUUGCAGGCAAAUCCAAUACUGGAAGCUUUUGGUAACGCCAAGACCGUGAAAAAUGACAACUCGUCACGAUUCGGAAAGUUCAUCCGCAUCAAUUUUGACGUGACCGGUUACAUCGUUGGUGCAAACAUCGAAACCUAUCUUUUGGAGAAAUCCAGAGCCAUCCGGCAGGCCAAAGACGAACGGACAUUCCAUGUUUUCUACCAACUGCUGGCUGGAGCAGGAGAACAUCUGAAAUCCGAUCUGCUCCUGGAGGGCUUCAAUAAUUACCGCUUCCUCUCCAACGGCAACAUUCCUAUUCCUGGCCAACAGGAUAAAGAUAAUUUCCAGGAGACCAUGGAGGCCAUGCACAUCAUGAGCUUCUCCCACGAUGAGAUCUUGUCCAUGCUGAAGGUGGUAUCAUCAGUGAUGCAGUUCGGAAACAUUGUAUUUAAGAAGGAGAGGAACACAGAUCAGGCCUCCAUGCCUGAGAACACAGCUGCACAGAAGCUUUGCCACUUGUUAGGAAUGAGUGUAAUGGAGUUCACACGUGCCAUCCUCACCCCGAGAAUCAAAGUCGGACGAGACUAUGUUCAGAAAGCGCAAACUAAAGAACAGGCUGAUUUUGCUGUUGAAGCUCUGGGAAAGGCAACAUAUGAACGUCUUUUCCGCUGGUUAGUUUACCGGAUUAACAAAGCUCUGGACCGGACCAAACGCCAGGGAGCCUCGUUCAUUGGCAUCCUGGAUAUUGCUGGCUUUGAAAUCUUUCAGUUGAACUCGUUUGAGCAGCUGUGCAUUAAUUACACUAACGAGAAGCUGCAGCAGCUCUUCAACCACACCAUGUUCAUCCUGGAGCAGGAGGAGUACCAGCGCGAGGGCAUCGAAUGGAGCUUCAUCGACUUCGGCCUCGACCUGCAGCCCUGUAUCGACCUCAUUGAGAGACCCGCGAAUCCUCCAGGUGUGCUGGCUCUGCUGGAUGAGGAGUGCUGGUUCCCUAAAGCCACAGAUAAAACCUUUGUGGAUAAACUGGUGCAGGAACAAGGUUCUCAUGCCAAGUUCCAGAAACCACGGCAGCUGAAAGAUAAAGCCGACUUCUGCAUCAUCCAUUACGCUGGGAAGGUGGAUUAUAAAGCGGAUGAGUGGCUGAUGAAGAACAUGGAUCCUCUAAAUGAUAACGUAGCCACAUUGCUGCACCAGUCCACUGACAAAUUUGUGGCCGAGCUUUGGAAAGAUGAAAUACAGAAUUUUCAGAGAGCGUCUUUCUAUGACGUCUCUAGCCUCCAUGAUUCUCCGGGUGAAGUGGACCGUAUAGUUGGAUUGGAUCAGGUUGCUGGUAUGAAUGAAACUGCUUUUGGGGCGACGUACAAAACGAAGAAGGGAAUGUUUCGUACUGUUGGCCAGCUGUACAAGGAAUCUCUGACCAAACUGAUGGCCACACUGCGCAACACAAACCCCAACUUCGUCCGCUGCAUCAUCCCCAAUCAUGAGAAAAGGGCAGGGAAGCUGGAGCCUCACCUGGUUCUGGAUCAGUUGAGGUGUAACGGUGUGCUGGAGGGAAUCAGGAUCUGCAGACAGGGCUUCCCUAACCGAAUCAUCUUCCAGGAGUUCAGACAGAGAUAUGAGAUCCUCACUCCUAAUGCAAUCCCCAAAGGCUUCAUGGAUGGAAAACAGGCCUCUGAGAGAAUGAUCCAGGCUCUUGAAUUGGAUCCAAAUCUGUACCGGAUCGGCCAGAGCAAGAUCUUUUUCCGUACUGGAGUGCUGGCUCACCUGGAGGAGGAGCGUGAUCUGAAAAUCACAGACAUCAUCAUCUAUUUCCAGGCCGCGUGUCGAGGGUACCUGGCUCGCAAGGCCUUUGCAAAGAAGCAGCAGCAGCUGAGCGCUCUUAAGGUUCUCCAGAGAAACUGUGCUGCUUACCUGAAGCUCCGACACUGGCAAUGGUGGAGACUCUUUACCAAGGUGAAGCCUCUGCUGCAGGUCACCCGUCAGGAGGAGGAGAUGCAGGCGAAGGACGAGGAGCUGGUGAAGGUUAAGGAGAGGCAGGUGAAGGUGGAGAAUGAACUGGUGGAGUCUGAGAGGAAACACCAGCAGCUUACGGAGGAGAAGAACAUCCUGGCGGAGCAGCUACAGGCAGAGACAGAGCUGUUCGCAGAGGCGGAGGAGAUGAGAGCUCGAUUAGUGGCUAAGAAACAGGAGCUGGAGGAGAUCCUGCAUGAUCUGGAGUCUCGUGUAGAAGAGGAGGAGGAGCGCAACCAGAACUUGCAGAAUGAGAAGAAGAAGAUGCAGUCGCACAUACAGGACUUAGAGGAGCAGUUGGAUGAGGAAGAAGCUGCUCGGCAAAAACUGCAGUUGGAGAAAGUCACCGCAGAGUCCAAAAUCAAGAAAAUGGAGGAAGAUCUGCUGCUAGUAGAGGACCAAAACUCCAAAUUCCUCAAGGAGAAGAAGCUGCUCGAGGAGAGGGUGAAUGAGAUGACUUCGUUACUGGCUGAGGAAGAAGAGAAAGCCAAGAAUCUUGGAAAAGUGAAGAACAAGCAGGAGAUUAUGAUGGUGGACCUAGAAGAGCGUCUGAAGAAGGAGGAAAAGACCCGGCAGGAGCUGGAGAAAGCCAAGAGGAAGCUGGAUGGAGAAACAACUGACCUGCAGGAGCAGAUUGCAGAACUUCAGGCUCAGAUUGACGAGCUUAAAAUCCAGCUGGCUAAAAAAGAGGAAGAGCUGCAGGCUGUACUGGCCAGGGGUGAUGAGGAAGUGGCUCAGAAGAACAACGCUCUGAAGCAGGUGAGGGAGCUUCAAGCUCAGCUGGCCGAGCUUCAGGAGGAUCUGGAGUCUGAGAAAGCCGCUCGCAAUAAAGCAGAGAAGCUGAAGAGAGAUCUGAGUGAAGAACUGGAGGCUCUGAAGACUGAACUGGAGGACACGCUUGACACAACCGCCGCUCAACAGGAACUCAGGACGAAGAGAGAACAGGAAGUGACUGAGCUUAAAAAGGCGAUCGAUGAAGAAGCAAAAAAUCACGAGUCUCAGAUUCAGGAGAUGAGACAGAGACACGGUACAGCUCUGGAAGAGCUCUCAGAACAUCUGGAACAAGCCAAGAGGUUUAAGCUGAACCUAGAGAAGAGCAAGCAGACUCUAGAGGGAGACAAUAAAGAGCUCGGUAAUGAGGUGAAGGUGCUGCAACAGGGCAAACUGGAAUCAGAACACAAGCGCAAAAAACUGGAGGCCCAGCUGCAGGAGGUUCUGGCUCGAGUUACCGAGGGGGAGAGAAACAAGGGAGAACUUACAGAGCGUACUCAUAAACUACAGACGGAGCUGGAGAAUGUAUCGACCAUGCUGGAAGAUGCUGAGAAAAAGGGAAUUAAACUGGCUAAAGAUGCUGCCAGCCUUGAGAGCCAGCUACAGGAUACACAGGAGCUACUCCAAGAGGAGACACGUCAAAAGUUGAAUCUGAGCAGCAAAAUCCGUCAGCUGGAGGAGGAGAAGAACUGUCUGCAGGAGCAGCAGGAGGAGGAAGAGGAGUCUCGCAAAAACCUGGAGAAACAACUGGCAACUCUGCAGGCUCAGCUGUGUGAGACGAAGAAGAAGCUGGAGGACGAUGUGGGUGUGGUGGAGGGGUUGGAGGAGUUAAAGAGGAAGCUGCAGAAGGAUGUGGAGGCAACAAAUGCUCGUCUUGAGGAGAAGUCUCUGGCCUUCGAUAAGCUGGAGAAAACAAAGACUCGUCUGCAGCAAGAGCUGGAUGAUCUCACCGUAGACCUGGACCACCAGAGACAGAUCGUCUCCAACCUGGAGAAAAAGCAGAAGAAAUUUGACCAGUUGCUGGCUGAGGAGAAGAGUAUAUCAGCUCGUUAUGCUGAGGAGAGAGAUCGAGCUGAAGCUGAAGCAAGAGAAAAGGAAACCAAGGCUCUGUCACUGGCCCGAGCGCUGGAUGAAGCUCUCGAAGCCAAAGAGGAAUUUGAACGUUUGAACAAACAGCUCCGUGCUGAGAUGGAGGAUCUGAUGAGCUCCAAGGACGACGUGGGCAAAAACGUACAUGAGCUGGAGAAGUCGAAGCGCACCCUGGAGCAGCAGGUGGAAGAGAUGCGCACUCAGCUGGAGGAACUGGAGGAUGAACUGCAGGCCACCGAAGAUGCCAAACUGCGCUUGGAGGUCAACAUGCAGGCCAUGAAGGCUCAGUUCGAACGAGACAUUCAGUCCAAAGAUGAACAAAAUGAUGAGAAGAAAAGACUUCUGGUCAAACAGGUGCGCGAGCUGGAAGCGGAGCUGGAGGACGAGCGUAAGCAGAGAGCUCUGGCUGUGGCAGCCAAGAAAAAGCUGGAGAUGGACCUGAAAGAUGUAGAGGCUCACAUUGAGGCAGCCAAUAAAGCUCGAGAUGAAGCCAUCAAGCAGCUGCGCAAACUCCAGGCUCAGAUGAAGGACUAUCAGAGGGAGCUGGAGGAAGCUCGUGCCUCAAGAGAUGAAAUCUUCGCCCAGUCAAAAGAAAACGAGAAGAAGCUCAAGAGUCUGGAGGCUGAGAUCCUGCAGUUACAAGAGGACCUGGCUGCAUCAGAGAGAGCACGGCGUCAUGCAGAGCAGGAGAGAGAUGAGCUGGCUGAUGAGAUCUCCAACAGUGCCUCUGGAAAAUCUGCUCUGAUGGAUGAGAAGAGAAGGUUGGAGGCCCGUAUCGCUCAACUGGAGGAGGAACUGGAAGAAGAACAGAGCAACAUGGAGCUUCUCAAUGAUCGCUUCCGCAAAACAUCCGUACAGGUGGACACUCUGACUACAGAGCUAGCGGGCGAGCGCAGUUUGGCCCAGAAGAGCGAGACGGCUCGUCAGCAACUGGAAAGACAAAACAAGGAACUCAAGUCCAAACUGCAGGAUCUGGAAGGUUCAGUCAAAUCCAAGUUUAAAUCCACUCUCGCCGCCCUGGAGGCCAAAAUCCUGCAGCUGGAGGAACAACUCGAGCAGGAGGCCAAAGAGCGUUCAGCAGCCAAUAAGAUUGUGAGACGUACAGAGAAGAAACUGAAGGAAGUGUUCAUGCAGGUGGAGGAUGAGCGUCGUCAUGCUGACCAGUACAAGGAACAGAUGGAGAAAGCUAACUCACGGAUGAAGCAGCUGAAGCGCCAGUUGGAGGAAGCAGAGGAGGAAGCAACACGAGCUAACGCCUCCCGCAGGAAGUUACAGAGAGAACUGGAGGACUCCACAGAGUCCAGCGAGAGGCUCGGCCGGGAGGUUACUGCACUCAAGAACCGCCUCAGGCGUGGAGGUCCUGUAAGUUUCUCGUCAGGUCGUUCAGGACGAAGGCAGCUGCAGAUGGAGGGAGAAUUCUCAGACGAUGAUGCUGAUAGCAAAGCCAGCGAUGUGAAUGAGAUACAGCCACCCCAGAGCGAGUAGAGAGUCUUUCUGCUGCCCUGCCUCACCUCACCCUCACAUUACACCCUCCUGUUUAACACUAAUAUAAUGAUUUAAAGAUCAGGACUGAGGUUACACACACACACACACACUCACACUAUAACGACACUAACCACUAGCUCAUGCCCCUGCUGGGCAGUGAUGAAUUUAAACUGGAUCUGUUCUCCUCAUGUUCAUACCCCAUUCAGUGCAAAAACAGGCUAUGAUGGACGUGUUCACAAGGACUUCCCUAAAAUGUUUGGAAACCUAUCUGGCAACAUGAAGCACAAUGCAGGAAGGCAGGAACACACCCUGAACAGGGCGCAAGUUCAUCACAGUGCAUCAUACACUCACACUCACUAUCAUGCAGAGCAGCCGAUCCAGUCUGACUCUGGAAAGUAAAAGCAAUGCAGUGACUAGCUCUUCACAGACCCUGACCAAAGGAAAGAAUUGAACCCAGGUCCCCAGGACUCUGUUGCUGGGUAACACUCACUUUACUCACUGCAAUUCCACUGUCCUGUCUGUGGAGUUUGUCAUGUUCUCCGAUGACUCUGUUUGCUGAAUGUCUGUUUCUCCAAACUCACAUGAACAUGAAAAAGAUGGAUUGGCUGCUCUCAGGUAGCUUAGAGUUCCUGUGUGUCUGUGUGUGUGUCUCUGUGUGUGUCUCUGUGUGUGUCUCUGUGUGUGUCUCUGUGUGUGUGUGUGUGUGUGUGUGUGUGUGUGUGUCUGUGUGUGUUACCCUGUGCUGAAUGUAUUCCUAUAAUAUCAGAAUGAAGCAGGUAAAUAUAAUGAAGGAGGACACAGAACCCACUUUGGGAACCAGAAAAGUUUGGUUGGUGUGUGUUUCACAUAAACCAAAAAUGUCUCUGAACAUCCUAUUCAUUUUCUCCAGAAACCUGUACCUGCAUCAGCACAUGCUCGUGAUCGUCCAAACAUUUAUCCCACAAUGAUCCUGACUCUUUUACAUCAGGAUCCUGGACUCUGCCUUACGGGAACAGCUAACAUCUAAGGUUUAGCGUGUUUCCUUCCCAACAGCGACGUAUUGUAAAGAUUAGCUUUGACUGCUGCUUAUAAUAAAGCUAUAAAUAGAUAGAAAUAAAUCUCGGUGCUUUUGUACAGGAACCGAGUCGCAUUAAACAAACGCUUAGCAACGAGUACAAACACAAGGUCCGACUUAUAGUUAGUUUUAAGUGGAAAUUACAUUCAAACAGUUGAAACAUUUAUAGUACUAUAAAUGGAGUGGAGCAGCGGUCUAUUAUGCUAGCCCACUACCUCUGGGAUCAGGGUUUGAAUCUCAGUGGUGCUAUUGGCUGGCCAGGCAUCUAUACAGACAUGUUUGCUGGUCGAAGGCCUGAGAUGGAUUAGCGUAUGUGUUUCUGCUUUGCACCAAUUGUGUUUCUCUGUGGAACUGGAUUUGCCGUGAUCCUGACCAGGAUAAAGAGCUUGAAAAAAUCUAAAAGACAUAUUUACAAAUGAUUAGUAGGUAUGAUGUUCGGCAGAAAUUAAGCAUUAAAACUGUGAACGUACUCGUCA